AUCGAAAGGGUUCUAGCAUUGAAAAAAAAAAAGCUUACUUAAGCUAAAACUAGCAGCUGCUUUCUAUCAGAUUUUUCUUUUCUGUUCUUCAAAAAAAAAUCUAUUAAUUUGAAAAAAAAAACAUGGAAGGAGACGAUGUAGACAUGGCAGCUGCUGAAUCCACUGAAGCAGAUCUUGAUGACAUGAAAAAAAGGUUAAAAGAGAUGGAGGAAGAAGCCGCUGCUCUUCGUGAGAUGCAAGCUAAGGUCGAGAAAGAGAUGGGUUCCGUACAAGAUCCUGCUGCUGCUGCAGCUACAUCUCAGGCAAAUCGAGAGGAAGUGGAUUCUCGAUCAGUCUUUGUGGGCAAUGUGGAUUAUUCAUGUACUCCUGAAGAAGUUCAACAGCAUUUCCAGACUUGUGGGACUGUAAAUAGGGUUACUAUUCGUACAGACAAGUAUGGUCAGCCAAAGGGUUAUGCUUAUGUAGAGUUCGUUGAAGCUGAGGCUGUUCAGGAAGCUCUUCUUUUGAAUGAAUCUGAACUUCAUGGCAGGCAAUUAAAGGUCACAGCUAAGCGGACCAAUAUACCUGGGAUGAAACAAUAUCGUCCACGUCGGUCCAACCCUUUUAUGCGACCCAGGGGUCCAUUCAUGGCUCCAUAUUUCUUUGCUCCAUAUGGAUAUGGGAAGGUUCCACGGUUGAGAAUGGCAACGCGUUACAGCCCCUAUUAUUAGGUACUUGGACUGAACUGGUUGUUCUGAAUGCUUUUCCUAUCCGCAUCUUUGAGGUUCGUUGUAUCGAAUUGAAGUCGAUAUGCCAAAGCUAUGGUACAAAAUUGGUGGUCUACUUUGAUUGAUGGUGAACUACUUUAGUAUGUUUCUUCUGUGUUGUCUGAUGAUGUAGACAUGUUUUGAGUAAUGUUGAGCUGCCCUUUGUGCUUUUUCCUCAAGAAACAUCUUGUUGGUACUUUUUUCUUAAGAAUUGAAUCAUCAGCUUUUAGACUUAUGUUUAAAACCACAAGUACAAUUUAGGAUGCUAUAUUUUGAAUUUUUUUUUAA